CAUCAAGUGAUAUGACCUAGGAAUAUAUAAAUCAGAUUCGAACUUUGUCAAGAUGGAACACACCAGCGCCAAAUUCCACUUCAGACGAUCCGUCUACAUCUGCAUGACGAUUUCUGGCUUGGAUUAAUCACAGCCCCGUAUCUAAAUAUGAGGCCUCUUCUGAUCAUUGCUACCAUAUUAGUUGCUGCCAUUCCGUUCGCAGCGACUACCAUAUGUCCACCUAGACAAUGGACUGUGGGACAGACAGUCCACACCACGAGCGGUCCCGUCCACGGGCACGCUGCAACCGUGGCUUCAGAGGUGUCCGAAUACCUUGGGAUUCCCUAUGCCCAGCCUCCCGUAGGGAAGCUCCGGUUCCAGCCCCCAGUUCGGUAUAAUGGGACAACAAAAAUUGAUGGCAAGGACUUUGGUCCCGCGUGCAUUCCUUCUAAUAUCAGCGCCUACGACGCUGACUUCCCCGAGAAGCUCAUAGAGAAAUAUGGAGUCACUGAUGCCGGUCGCCGGCUCCUUUCGUCCAUCACGGCUCCUGGCAUCAAAGUCAGUGAAGACUGUCUUAGCCUAAACAUUUGGACAAAACCCCAAACCGGCGAGUGGAAAAAGGCCGUUCUGGUCUGGAUUCAUGGAGGAUCUUACGUGUCAGGAAGCUCAGGUCUGCCAGCGUAUAACGGCCAGUUCUUCGCCGGCCAAGAUGAUGUGGUUCUUGUCUCGAUAAAUUACCGCCUCACCAUCUUUGGCUUCCCUGGCAAUCCCCUCGGCGCCCAAAACCUUGGCCUUCUUGACCAGCGCCUGGCAGUGGAAUGGCUCCGUGACAAUAUUGCCUCUUUCGGUGGCGAUCCUUCGCGUAUUACACUUUUCGGGGAAUCAGCAGGCGGCGUUUCGAUCGACGACUACUCUUACGCAUGGCCAUCCGACCCUAUCGUAAACGGUCUGAUCCCAAUGUCUGGCACAGCAACCGGGAUCGGUGUACGCAACAAGGACCUGGCGAGCGAGUUCUGGUUCAAUUCCUCGUCAGUUGUGGGCUGCGGAAAUGCAAAUACCCCGGCGCAGGAAGUCUACAACUGUAUGAUGGCCGCGCCUGCUGAGGAUAUUGUCCGCAGCCUCGUCAACACCAUUGACAGCCCAAUCAAUAUGCCUUACUGCCCAACCAUCGAUGAUGAGCUCGUCUUUGACAAUCAUACUGACCUCCCAACUGCGUCGCUCCCAAUGAUGAUCGGAAACACCGACAAUGAAAUGGGCUUGUUCAAGAUCUUCGUCGACAUGCCGGUCCCCGACGAAUUCUGGCAGCAGCAGAACCAGAUCAUGUUCAGCUGUCCUGCCGCAUCUCGGGCCGCCGUCUCAGUAAAGAACGGCAAUCCGACAUGGCGGUACCGCUGGCACGGCGUGUUCCCAAACACAAUAAUCGCGACGCGCCCGCCCAGCGGCGCCUACCACGAAUCGGAGAUAGCGCUGUUGUUUGGCAACGCCGACCAGGAUGAGAUUGCCAACACUGUCGAGGAGAACACCAUUGGACGCUACAUGCGUGGCGCGUGGGCGGCGUUCGCGAAAGAUCCUGUCCACGGACUGCUAGGAUACGGCUGGCCGCGCUAUGUUGCCAACGAGAGCACCCUCGUCCGCAUUGGCUACGAGAAUCGCACUGGACCGAACCUCGCCGUGGGAAGUUUUUAUGAUCGAGGUUGCUAACUGUAUCUAAACGAUGGGGUUGUAGGCUUGGUACGAGAUGAGUGGUUGGCAACUCCAUGGAGGGAAAUCCGCAGUUGUAUGGAAGACUUACUUGUAUGGAAACUUGAG